AUGCGGGAAUGGAGGUAUAAUGGGGUUGGGGCGGAUGAGGCGAGAAGAAAAGAAGGUGAGGUUAGCAGAGGGAUGGAAUGGGGACAGAAUGGGAUGAAGAAGGGAGAGCUCGGAGAGGGACUUAGCAGAGCGGUGGCGAUAGGUGGGGAUAUGAGGCAAUGGGGUAAGGAGAGGGAAGGGGAGAGGAGGCUAGGAAAGGAUUGUGGUAAUAGGGAUAGUGGUAAUAGAGAAGAAGGAAAACAAGAGUAG